UAGCCUCUAUUUAUUGCUUUUUAAAUGUAACAUUUUGCAAUAAGAACUAUGUUACCAUACCAAAUAUAAAAUAAAAUGUACCUUUAAAAUGUCAUGCUAUGUAUGUUUAAAAUAUACAGUAUACUCAUAUUUCAUGUAUGUCUAUAUUGUUGCCUUAGUUCCUGUCACCUGCUAAUGAGAUGUGCUCUGCGUGUCUGACACCAGUUUACCCAAUGGAGAAAAUGGUGGCAGAUAAACUAAUCCUACAUAAUAACUGUUUCUGCUGCAAACACUGUAAGAAAAAGUUAAGCAUUCACAACUAUUCUGCUCUUUAUGGAGAAUUCUACUGCACAUCACACUACCAACAGUUAUUUAAGAAAAAGGGGAACUAUGAUGAGGGUUUUGGCCACAAACAACACAAAGACCGUUGGCUUGCAAAAACCGAGGAACCCUACCCUACUAACAAGAUCAGCUCAGCACGUACAACAGAUCUUACACAUGUUGAUGGUUCUCUGGGGUUAUCUGCUGGUGUUUCACCUCCACAGCAAAAACACAGAGAUGCUCAAUUACAAAGUAGCCCUGAUACUAGGAACAAGCUCAAAAUUUGCUGGCCACCAGAGAGCAAGGGGACCAAGCAUAGCCUUAUUUCACAAAGUAAUUCCUCAACCCUAGGAAGGAAAACAGACUGGUCAAAUUGCAACCAAUCUUCUGCAAAGUUUAGUACCAGAAAUUCUAAUGGAAAGAAUAGCUUUAUUUCUGGACUGGAUGAAAUGGACAAAUCAGUUCAGUUAUCACCUUGUGACAAGGCAAACAUGUUCUCCACUCCUUCCACAAUAAAAGGUGGGGUUAAAGCCCCACACUCAAAAAACAUUAAUACAGCUCUCACAGGAGGUUCAAAAUCAUUACAAAUGACAGCAGAUUCAUCUGGCCAAUUUGGAACAAAAGGUAGAGUUCCAAAGGGUCAGAUAGUGACAAGACAAGAUCUGAAUCAUGUUACCUUAAGAUCAGAUUCAGUGAUAGAACAACAAACUUUGGCUGAAAAUUGGAAAAUUGAUAGGUUUGCUUCAAAUUUUAACACAGAUGAGAAAAAUAACAUGGAGACCAGCAGGGAUGAAUUUGAAAGCAGUACCAAGGCCUUCGAUGAACCUGCAUCUGUAGUUCUCAGUGGUAAUAUAAUGGCAGCAAAUAAAGAAACGGCAACUUUAAAAUCAGGAAAAGACACAGAGGAAUCACCAUUGGAUGAUACCAUACACAAUCCAUAUGGCAAUGAUUCUGAAGCUUCAGAUGGACAAAUGGAAGAUGAUUUACAUCCAGCAGGAAUACAGGAUAUCAUCUCUCCUGUGCAAAGCAAUCUGAAUGAAAACACAAUGGCAGAUGAGGAACAUAUCAGUGAGCUGAAAACAAUUCCAAACCAUGAUGAACUGCAGGGAAUUUACUUUGCAGCAAAUGAAAAAGAAACAUUCAAACCAUGUAGUGAAUCUUGUGAUUUGGAGCAGGUUGAAGAGAUAAAAAACAAGGAGGUUAUUGUGGUAGAGACUAAUACCAAUGUCAUAAACUCUCAAAAUCAAGAACCCACAGAGAGAAUUAGAGAUGACUCUAAAGACCCUGAUAUGUCUCCAAAGACUGAUGAGAAAUGCAGCAUGAUAGUUGCUGACAAAAAGGCCAUAGAUAAAGCAAAUAAAGGGUCUUUCUCUAAGGGUAAAAGUCCUCUUUCCAAACUCUUUUUAUCUGGUUCAAAAGAGAAAGAGAACAAGAGUGAGUCAAAAAUGGAAAGUAAAAGACCUGGUGCCAAACCUAGAAAUUUAUUAAGUAGACUCUUGUCAUCCACUGAAACUGAGUCAGACAUAAAGAAAACACCAGAAAUCAAAACAGAAACAGCAUGUGAGAAGGUAAAAGAGAAAGUUGGAGUUACAGACGAGGAUAUGAACACUGCAUUGUCUCAGGACAAUUUUGCUGUAUCUCCCCUGACUAAGACCACCUCUCAAAACACAGCUCAGGAUCCCAUACAAGGAACACAAAACUCACUUAGUGAUGCUCCAGAAGAACUUGAUGCAACCAAGAGCAGUGCAAAUCCCAUUUCAUUGCCUAGUAGAACCUCUGCGGAGGACACAGUGCCAUCAACAGACCUUGAUCCAACUGAACAACUCAAGCCCCUUGCUGGUGGUUAUGGGGAAAUUGAUAGUAAUGAGACUCUUAUGUCUUCACAAGAAUCCAUUCAUGUAGAUCUCACUUCUCCAGAUUGUCCAAAACCAUCAAGUCUUGAGGGCAACCUGAACGCCUCUUUCCCUCAUACUGAAGAUACUGGCUUUCCUGAUUCAGCUGAAGUGUUUCCAUCUCAAGUCAUGAUCCCCAACACCGAUGUCAUGGCCUUUUCAGAUCCAGAUACACUUAAUUUAACAAACAGUGGCACAUUGGCAGAAAUUAUGCAUUUUGAAGCACCAUCAAUGACAACUUCAACUGAUAUAGAGAGCUCUUAUAUUCAGGGAGACCCAUUUGGAGAAAAAACACAGGGAGAAAGCGGAUCAUGUGUAGAGUCAAUAUUAAUUCCUUCUGUGAAGUUGAAUGAAGAGACUCUUGAUAUUUUUGGUUUAUCAGAGUCAAACAUUGAGGCAACUUCAUAUGGCUUUGGAAACACCCUGACUGUAGUCAGUGAAACCAGUAUUUCCUCAGGAAUGACUGACAACCUCUUUGGAGUGUCCAAUGGGCCAGUACAAUCUGUGGAUAUCUUUGCAGGAGACAAUACGCUUAUGGCCUCUGAUCAAAUGUCCACUAAUUUCUUUGAUAUUAUGACAAACAGCCAGAGUCAAAGCCAAAACCCUUGUGAGGGAAUUGCAAAUGGUCAACCUGCUCCAAAUGGAGCUCUUGACUUUAUAAGUUCUGAGAGUGUCACAUCAACACUGUCAGAUACUUCAUAUGUUUUCGAUCAGAAAACCUCUGACCUUGAACAGGAAAAUCUAACUAAAAGUGAGAUUAAUAAUGUAUUUGAUGGCAAGAACAAUCCGUCAGAUUCUAACAUUUCUGACCAGGAACUAAUUCAGUCAAGUCAAAUGGAGGCUUUCGAUUUCUUCAGUUCGGAGCAAGAUCCACCCCCAGUUGGGUUCAGUCAAAGAAGUGCCGAUCUUUUUUCUGAUCCUUUCCAAAGUGACAUCUUUGCAAGUUCAACUGACAGCACAGGCACAAAUACAUUCAGUGUGGAAACAACACAAACCACUGCAAACCUAUUUGUUGAUUUCACUGGCUUAGAGAGUCACAGUGAGGCUGCUGAAACAAAAGAGAGCAACUUAUUUCAAGAUGACAUAUUCUCAUCCAUUCCUGCCAUGCCUCUUGAACCAGCACAGGAUAUUUCCACUCCACUAGAUCCAACAAACACCAACACAAAUGUUGUGCUGCCACAAAGUGCUGAAAAUGAUUGGAUGUCUGACUUAUUGGGUUAAUGCAACUGCCUCAACCCAGCUCCAUUAACAAAAUCCAAUACCAAUAAAUAUAAAUAAUAAGAUUAUUAUCUUUAAAGGAAUAGCACACCAAAAAUGAAAAUGCAAUCAUUUACUUAGCCUUUUCAAACCCAUAUGACUAUCUUUCUUUUGUGGAAAAAGGAGAUGCUUUGAUGAAUAUCACAGUCCAUCUUUUCAAUACAAUGGCAGUGAAUAGUUCCUCAUUUUAAAUUUAUUAAGUUAAAUAAGCAGGUUUCAUCUGGAAGACUUGCAGACUUGAGUGAAAUUUAAGAUGACAUUUAUUUGAUGAAUAUAAAACAGAAAUGUAAUGUCUCUCUUUGGCAUAAGCCCCGUCUGGCAGUCUGAAGAAGUUAUGCUUGGAACCAUCAUAUCCUGCCGGAGACAGGAGGCAGGGGCUAGGAGCCUACCCCCGUGCAGGACGGGGCUCAACUGGUGGUGGUGGAGGUUGCCAUGUUAGCACACUGAAACAGCAAUGUGAUAGAUUGUGAGCAGACUUAUAAAGCAUUGGUUUACAUGUGAUUGGUAGGAAUUACCUAGCUAAUGGCGCGAUGAUGUAUAGCUGCUAGUCUUCCCGCUAGAACUACGUGGCGCUUACAUUUAUUGAUUAGACUUUGCCAUUUUAUACUGUACAAUUCACUAAUUUUAUUACUGAAAUUAAUUGAUUAAUUAAUCAAUGUGUAGUAUGUUCAUAUAUCAAUGUCAAUAUCUAAUGUGGUUUUACUUAAACUUUAUUUUAAUUUUCAGAUUUGAAUAAUGUACAAAUGCAGACCCUGCCCAUGUAAACAGAAAGUUAUUGCAGCAAGAUGGUCAGGAAAAGAAUUGAAGUAUUACUCCAUUGUGAUUCUAAAAAGGUGCAGUUAAACGAGACAAAUUACUUUGAGUUUUUUUAUGAACAGUAGUUGCGUGGAAUAAGGGAAAAAUAAAUUGAUUUAUCCAACAAAAUUCACUUCAGUAAUCUAUAGUUUUAAUAUAAUCCACAGAAUGUAUGCAUAAAAGGAUAUAACACUUGUUUUCACCUCAUGUUAAGGUUGAUUACAAAACAAUGCUUUGAUGGCCAUGUUAAUUUAUUGAUUUAUUAAUUUAGUGUCUAUGAAGCAUUGAUGUCUUUAUUGUAUCAAAGAUUAUUUGGGUUAAUAAAACUUAAUUCACAAGAAGGUUUAUUGCAUAUUAUUU